GCGACCUAGCGGGCGGUCGAGAAGAGCGCUGACCGGUCACCGGUUGUGAGCACGAUGAGACCCGGAGAGGAGAGGCCGGUGGAGGGGGGCGCCUGCGCCGCCGUCUUCGAGGUGGAGCUGCUGAAGCUGCGCGCGGCGGAGUGCAUCGACGAGGCGGCCGAGCGCCUGGGGGCCCUGAGCCGCGCGAUCUGGAGCGAGCCCGAGCUGGCCUACGAGGAGCACCAUGCCCACGACGUGCUGACGCGGUUCUUCCAGAGCGAGCGCCCGGCCGCGUCGUGGGCGGUGCAGCCGCACUACCAGCUGGUCACGGCCUUCCGUGCUGAGUGGGGGCCGCCGCGGGGCUGGGCGGCGCCGCGCCCGCUGCACCUGGGCUUCCUCUGCGAGUAUGACGCGCUGCCAGGCAUCGGGCACGCCUGCGGCCACAACCUGAUCGCCGAGGUCGGGGCGGCGGCCGCGCUGGGCGUCAAGGGGGCCCUGGAGAGCCUCCCUGGGCCGCCUUUGCCAGUGAAGGUAAUUGUUCUGGGAACCCCUGCAGAAGAAGAUGGUGGUGGCAAAAUUGAUUUAAUCGAAGCAGGGGCUUUUAAAAAUCUUGAUGUUGUUUUUAUGGCCCAUCCAUCUCAAGAGAAUGCUGCUUAUCUACCUGAUGUGGCUGAACAUGAUGUAACUGUGAAGUACUAUGGAAAAGCGUCUCAUGCUGCUGCUUAUCCCUGGGAAGGACUAAAUGCAUUAGAUGCUGCUGUCCUCGCCUACAACAAUCUGUCUGUGUUAAGACAACAAAUGAAACCUACCUGGAGAGUUCAUGGUAUAAUAAAAAAUGGUGGUGUAAAACCCAAUAUCAUUCCCUCUUAUUCUGAACUAAUCUAUUACUUCCGUGCACCCUCAAUGAAAGAACUUCCAGUUUUGACCAAAAAGGCAGAAGAUUGCUUCAGAGCUGCAGCUUUGGCUACUGGGUGCACAGUAGAAAUUAAAGGUGGAGCACAUGAUUAUUACAAUGUUCUUCCCAAUAAGAGCCUGUGGAAAGCUUAUAUUGAAAAUGGAAAAAAGCUGGGAAUGGACUUCAUUUCAGAAGAUGCAAUGUUGAAUGGCCCUUCAGGAUCUACUGAUUUUGGAAAUGUUACUUUUGUGGUUCCUGGGAUUCAUCCAUAUUUUUACAUUGGCUCUAAUGCCUUGAAUCAUACAGAACAAUAUACUGAAGCUGCAGGAUCACAAGAAGCUCAGUUCUACACUUUGCGAACGGCCAAAGCUCUGGCAAUGACUGCAUUGGAUGUUAUUUUUAAACCAGAGCUGCUAGAAAGAAUCAGAGAGGACUUUAAAUUGAAACUUCAAGAAGAAGAGUUUUUAAAUACAGUAGAAUAAAAGGAAGAUUUAGGAGCCACUCACGGAUCAUGAAGAAGUGAUGAUUUUCUUCUUUAAUCUUUUUUAAUGAGGGAGGAGGGCAUGGCUUGUUUUUCAGUCUUAAGGGAGUCAUAUUCCCCUUACCUGAAAAGUGAGGACACGAUGUGGAGAAAACACAUUACCUCAUAUCUAGAGUGAAAAUUUCACAAAUCUGUAUAUGAUGGAAUUGUGACAUUUCAGGGCUGGUAUGUAAUGGCAUUUCAUAAACAACCUGGAUGACA